AUUCAUAUUCACAUCAUACAUUUACUACUUUCCAAACAAUCUUUACCGAAAAUAAAAAAUAAAAUAAAAUAAACGUCACCACUUUCCCCAAUCUCCCGCCGCCGCCGCUGCCGCCAUUCUCAGCUAGAAAAGAAUAACAAAAAUGGGCAACGCUGAGGAGACAAAAACAGGGGAAGAAACAACAAAUUUUCAAAUUAAUAAUAAUAAAACGGCACCGUUUGAUAUGAAUGAUUACGCCAUUAUCAAAGAAGGCGAAGCUGAGAUUUUAAUGCACAAGAAGAAUAAAGUCUUUUACAAUAAAGCCCAGGUCAACAACAGAGACAUGUCGAUUGCUGUAUUGAGGACAUUUAUUACUAAACGGAAAGAAGAACACGAAGUAUUGCUGUCGAAAAGAGAAAAAAAGGGUUCGAAAGUAUCAGAAAACAGUGCUCCUGAAUCAGAAGCUCCAGUGGAGCUUACCACACAAAAUGGAAGUUCCAAUGGUGAAGUUGAACCUUCAGAGGAGAUACCUGAAGGUGAACCAUGUAGCAAUGGUGAUGAACCUGAGAAAGCACUAGAGGGAAAAGACCACAGAGAACUGAAACCACCAAGAGUUCUUGAGGCUCUGUCAGCUAGUGGAUUAAGAGCUCUUAGAUAUGCACGAGAAAUUGAAGGGAUUGGACAAGUUGUGGCACUGGACAACGAUAAAGCAUCUGUGGAAGCUUGUCAAAGAAACAUUAAAUUCAAUGGAUCAGUGGCGAGUGCAAAGGUUGAAUCUAAUCUUGCUGAUGCUCGAGUUUAUAUGCUUACUCAUCCUAAGGAAUUUGAUGCGGUUGAUCUUGAUCCAUACGGUUCACCGUCCGUAUUCUUGGACUCUGCAGUCCAAUCAAUUGCUGAUGGUGGGCUGCUAAUGUGUACGGCAACUGAUAUGGCAGUUCUAUGUGGAAGCAACGGAGAAGUCUGCUAUUCUAAGUAUGGUUCGUACCCUUUGAGAGGAAAGUACUGUCAUGAAAUGGCGUUGCGGAUUGUCCUUGCAUGCAUUGAGAGUCAUGCAAAUCGGUACAAGCGGUAUAUCGUCCCUGUUUUAUCUGUUCAGAUGGACUUUUAUGUUCGUGUAUUUGUUCGUGUUUACUCUUCAGCAAGUGCAAUGAAGAAUACACCACUGAAGCUCUCGUACGUAUAUCAGUGUGUUGGUUGUGAUUCCUUCCAUCUCCAGCCAAUUGGUAGGACUGUAUCCAAGAACACGAGUGUAAGAUAUCUUCCUGGUUUUGGCCCCGUCGUACCACAAGAGUGCAGUGAUUGUGGUAAGAGAUAUAACAUGGGUGGACCCAUUUGGUCUGCUCCCAUCCAUGAUCAAGAUUGGGUGGCAUCCAUAUUAGCAGAUGUGAAAGCUAUGAAGAAUCGCUAUCCUGCUUUUGGUCGGAUUUCUGCUGUUCUGACAACAAUAUCUGAGGAAUUGUCCGAUGUUCCUCUUUUCUUGAGUUUGCAUAAUCUAUGUGGAACCCUUAAGUGCACAUCCCCGUCUGCAGUAAUAUUCAGGUCCGCCGUGUUAAAUGCCGGAUAUCGUAUUUCUGGAACUCACGUAAACCCAUUGGGGUUAAAAUCCGAUGCUCCAAUGGACGUCAUAUGGGAUAUUAUGCGUUGUUGGGUUAAAAAUCAUCCUGUGAAGGAGCAAUCACCUGAUCAGUCCGGAAGUGUGAUUCUUUCCAAAGAACCUGUUCUUCAGGCUAAUUUUGCACGAGCAGUUGCAUCGCUUAGCAAAGCUCAAGCCAAGAAAGUUGCACGUUUUCUUCCCAACCCCGAAAGACACUGGGGCCCAAAACUUAGAGCAGGCCGCACUAUAACCAGCAAACAUGUCUCAUUAUUGGGAGCGGAGGCAGUCAACGAGGUUCUUACUAAUGGUGAACCAGAAGACGAAGAGCCCCAAGCAAAGCGUAAAAAGACAGAAGACCCGAAUUCCAAUUCAUGAAAAAGGGAUGAUUAGAAGCUCGGCGAGUUGGCGUACCUCUGGUAUGACGUGUUAUUUAUUUAUCGGUGCAACUUCUUUAUUGGAGUUUAGAAAUUUUGAAGUUUUGUGGUUCUAGUUUCAAUUUUGUGUUACAGUUUUUAUUGAGGGAACCCUUGUAUUUUCAGAAGUCAAAAACUUUAUAAUACUACAAACACUAAUGUUAGAAGUUCAGUGCGACCACACAGGUGUCAAUUGAUACAACUAGGUCACUGGAGAGUCAAAGGAACAAAAACGAUGAAUGUAAACCAUCUUUUAUUAUAUUCCCGGUUGUCCAAAA